AUGGCCUCUCCGGUAAACUCUGACGCCAAAUACUACUUGCGCCUUUCCGGAGACCCAGAAUCUGCCGCCACUGGUCAAGUUGGUGUUGGGGUUGUAUUAAGUGCUACGGCUGAAUCAGCUCUGCUUGACUGGAUCCCAGUCAACAGCCGACUAUGUGCAGUCAGACUAAGAGGUUCAUGUAACGUAAGCAGGCGUCGAGAUGUUAAGCGUGCCUUAUUUGUCGUCUCCGCCUACGCCCCUACAGACUGCAGCCCGGAUGCAGUUAAAGAUAGCUUUUACCAACAACUACAUGAACUUCUGCGUUCCUCCAAACGGACGGAUAUAGUCAUUCUUGCCGGGGACUUUAACGCACGGGUUGGCCACCUUCUACCAAGUGAGCACCACAUUGGGGGUAGUUUUGGUCUCGGUGGCAGUCGAUCAGACAAUGGAGACAGACUACUUGCUCUUUGCUCUGAUCAUCGCUUGUUUCUUUCGAGCACUAGUUUUCGACACUCGAGGAGACAGACUGCUACCUGGCGCCCGCCCUCACAAACGCAAGAGUGCUCCCAGCUUGACCACAUAGCAAUCAGCUACAGAUGGCGCGGAAGCGUAACGGACUGCCGAUCGUACUGGUCAACUUUUCUAGACUCUGAUCACGCAUUGGUUCGUGCUAAGAUUUGCAUGCGUUUCGGAGGAUCACCUAAGCGCGCCCACUACCGACCGGACGUCGCGAAUCUACAAAACGCUGCGGUUUUAACCAGGUACCAAGCCUCACUGUCAACUUUGCUUGGCUCAACUAUUGACGGUGAUCUCGAUUCGCAGUGGGCGCAUAUCAAAGAUGCGUUAGUUUCCGCCAGUAUCGACACUUGUUUAGUUACCCGUCACCCACCGAAACAUUGGAUUUCCGCCGACUCCUUGUCGCUGAUGGACAGAAGCCGCUUGAUCCCAUCGGAUUCCAGACACGUUGAAGAACGCCAAUACCUUGGUCGAGAGUUGCGCAGGAGUCUGCAAAUGGACCGCGAAGCUUGGUGGUGUGAACGUGCUAGGGAGAUGGAGCUUGCUAGUCUCUCUUGUAAUACCAGGAAACUCUUCCAUCUCCUUCGAGUCACCGAAGGUGUUGGAUCUGGUAUAAGUGAAACAAUAUGCGAAGCGGAUGGCACCUUAAUCACCAACCUUCAAUGA